CCGAAGAAGAGCUUCUUUACCGUGAAGAAAAACUCGAUUUCUAUCUCUUGGAUGACGACGAGGUGGCCCGUGCUUUGUACUCCAACAAUGUGGAUGUCGCGUCUCUAGGAAUUUUUCCGAGUCCUUACGAGCGUGCCGUAGGCGAACACGCACCGAAAGAGGAGGACGUCGUAAGGUUCACUCCCGAUGGGAAUUAUGGCCACCUCUCAGUAUGUAAGUAGUUGAUAACCGGAAAAAUUUCCAUGAUCUCUCUCAGUUGUAUGUUGAUACUCUACACCGACUCUCUUCCCGAAGUCAAAGCACUCGCUAAGGGAAGCUAGUAGAACUUCUGGGGGAAGAAGGACUGGAGGAGUAUGAAAAGACCGGAGACGACACAGCGUGGUUCAAAAACGGAUGGGGACAUCAACUCGCGAAAAUAGAAGCCAAAAAGCUAAACAAAACUGGUGGCAAAGAAAAACAUGCUGAUAGUAAAAUUAAGGUUCUUCCACCUCUAUUAAUCCAUCUUGUUUGGAAUAGAAAUCCUCAAGAGGCUUUCCAUUUCCAAAGGGAAAAAACACUUAAGACGCCUCUCGAGAUGGAUUGCGGGAAGCUCUAAGAAAAGCACCAUGGUGGGCCUCAGGCUACCUGGUCCCCGUAUCUCCUACGCC